AAGACGACAUAUUCAAAACAGAAGCGCCAGCAGGGGCUGCGUUUGUGUGUAUUCAGUUCCAAAUUUUAAGUAGAUAUAGUAAAAAUGUCCCUUCAGCAUCUACGAAAUCUUAUCAAUGAGCGACUAACUGCUGCAGCUGAAGAAAUAUUUACAGAGUUUGAAAAAGUAAUUGUUCAAUAUGAAGUUGAGAUCGACCGUCAGCGCAGGCUUCUGGAAACCUCCAACUUGCUGAAGAUAUUGUCACCUCAGAUAAAGCUACACAGAAUAGACCUUCCACAGCAACAUGAUCUGAAGGAAAAGGAGGUUCAAAUUGGCCAAUAUCACCAGGAUGAGAUCUCCAGCGUGGACCAGGGGAUACAAGUUCCCCCAAAGAUCAAAGAGGAACUACAGGAACUCAGCACCAGUCGAUAUGGAGAACAGGUUGUACUGCAGGAGGAGGCUGAUACCUUUAUGAUGACCCCUAUUUAUGAAGUAAGUCACCAGAAUGAGCCAGACUUUCUGCUGGGUCAGGAGGAACAAGUUCCUCAAGGGAUCAAAGAGGACCGGGAUGAACUCGGGAUCAGUCAGCAGGAAGAGCAGCUCGUACAGACGGAAAAUGUUGAUACCAUUACGAUGGCCCCCGUUCAUGGAGGAAGUCACCGUACUGAACCGAAGUUUCUUCUGGACCAACAGAAACAAGUUCCUCCAACAAUGAAGCCUUUAUCUUGCGAAAUAUGUGGGAAAGGUUUUUCUCGUAGUUCCUUUUUCUAUAAACACAUGAGAAUUCACACAAAAAAGACGCCUUAUUUUUGUUCAAAGUGCUGCAUGUAUUUUAAAAAGAACAGCAGUUUACUCAACCACCAGAGGUAUCAUGUGGAUAACAUGCCGUUUGCUUGUGAGACAUGUGGUCGGGGUUUCAGAGUGCUUGGUGGUUUAACAAGGCACAGACGUCAUAGGGCCAGAAAUCCGUAUCCUUGUGAAAUAUGCUGUAACUCUUUCAUACAGGAGAAGAACCUCAACAAGCACAAGCUCAUUCACAAAGACCUUUCACAGAAGGAGGUUCGUGCUGACCAACAUAUGUGGACCCAGGCUGAGAGCGUCCGCCCGUCUCACGCUGACCAGCACCUCCCUUCUACAACUUCUUCUACUGAAAGUCGGGAUCUGAUGGGAGGCAAUUGUGUAGUAUCUGGAUCGGUUGUAGAUUCAGAACAGAAGACUGAGACAAGUCUCUGUGCUCACAUGACCAGUGCAGACCCCUCCCCUGUCUGAUUACGGCGAUUCUGACACAGCUACCAAGUCUCCGAAAUGUGAUGUUUGUGGAAACACCUUUAGGAUAAGAUACCAGCCAACUAGCCAGUACAGAAUUCACACAGGUAUGAACCAUGCAUGUACAGUAUGUCACAGAAGUUUCUUUGUUAGGAGUCGUUUGAUUAACUCACAGGCGAGAAGCCAUAUUCUUGCAAAAUAUGUGGGAAAUGUUUUGCUGUUAGUUGGAGAUUGUCUGCCCACAGAAAAACGCACUCAAACUAGGGGCCUUAAAUUUACCAGAAGUGUGUCAAAAAUUAAAAAAAAAGAAAGGUUGAUUUAACUUCCAUGUGUCAGAUUUAACCAGACACAAAAGGCUCAGAGCUAAAAGUCCCUAUCCUGUCAAAUAUGCUGUAGGUCUUUCAAAAAGGAGAAGAACCGUACAAAACACUCCAAGAUUGUGUAAAAAAAAUUAGUUGAAGAUUCAAGUGUAUGACUGGAACCCACAAAAGAUUUAACUCUCAUUGCUGUGUUGUCUGUGGUAGGAAGUACUCUAGAAAGGAGUGUCACAUGUCACCAAUGAGUUCUGUUCUGAACAAACAUAAGAGAAUGACGUAUCCAGGCAGAUACCUCUACAUCAUUCUGCACCCAUCAUAACUCUAAAUAACAAGCUGUGUAUUUUCAGGUUUUGAAUGCACGUGUCCAGCUGUGAAAUGUUUCUGUAUUACAUAACAUGCUGAUUUAUACCUUUGUGAUUGAAGAAGUUUCCUUUGCAGAUAGUUAUGCUAUAUUUUUAUGCAGACGUCACACAGCGUCCCAGCUGUUUGUGGAAUUAGGCUUUUAGCUGUGAGAGUUGUUAACCUGUGUUCUGGUGCUGCAAACGGUGAUCGGCUCCUAUUUUUCUUUUUUCUUUUAU